CCCAGAACUAGGCCUAGCUGGGGAGAAGCUGAGAACAGAAGUCCGAGGAAAACCACGCGAGCCGAGUCCCCCCAACCCCCACCCCAACGGCCGCCGGCGCGCGCGGCGGGCGCGCGGCGCCUCCCCCACCCCGCCGCCCGGAGCGCGUGGCCGUGCCCGCCGCGUGCGCGAGCCGCGUCCAACGGCCACGCGGGGCGGGAGCGAGCCUUGGCCGCCGCCCGGGCCCCAAAGCGAUCUCGGGGACCUGGGGGCCUCGCGCAGCCUGCUGGCCAGUGUUUCCCGCCCGCCCUCUACGUCACGCGCCGGGCUGUCUUUCCUAUCUCCCCCGGCCCUGGAGCUGCACCUUGGUCCCGACCUGGAGGAGGCUUUUAUCUGGGAUGGGGGCUGCAUCGAAGUGCGAGGAGUCUUUAAAGCCCACCAACCAGAAGUGCAGGGAGUAAGCAAGGAGGGAGCAGCGUGUGCAUGGAGAAUUGGUGACAGUAACAGCUAACAUUCUUCCUAAGCCAUCGUUGCGUGCCAGCCGCUGUGCUGAGCUACUUGGCGGCUUCACUUAGGUCGCACAACGACCCGAUGAGGUUGAAUUGACCAAAGCAAUGGUUAUGGAGAAGCCUAGUCCCCUGCUGGUCGGGCGGGAAUUUGUGAGACAGUAUUACACACUGCUGAACCAGGCCCCUGACAUGCUCCAUAGAUUUUAUGGCAAGAACUCUUCCUAUGUCCAUGGGGGACUGGAUUCAAAUGGAAAGCCAGCAGAUGCAGUCUAUGGACAGAAAGAAAUUCAUAGGAAAGUGAUGUCACAAAACUUUACCAACUGCCACACCAAGAUUCGCCAUGUUGAUGCACACGCUACUCUGAAUGAUGGCGUGGUGGUCCAGGUGAUGGGACUGCUCUCCAACAAUAACCAGGCUCUGCGGAGAUUCAUGCAAACAUUUGUCCUUGCUCCUGAGGGCUCUGUUGCAAAUAAAUUCUAUGUUCAUAAUGAUAUCUUCAGAUACCAAGAUGAGGUCUUUGGUGGCUUUGUUACUGAGCCUCAGGAAGAGUCUGAGGAAGAAGUAGAAGAACCUGAAGAGAGACAGCAGACGCCUGAAGUGGUACCUGAUGAUUCUGGAACUUUCUAUGAUCAGAAUGUCAGCAAUGACUUGGAAGAACAUAUAGAGGAGCCUGUUGCUGAGCCAGAGCCUGAUCCUGAACCAGAACCAGAGCAGGAACCUGUAUCUGAAAUCCAAGAGGAAAAGUCUGAGCCGGUAUUAGAAGAAACUGCUCCUGAGGAUGCUCAGAAGAGUUCCUCUCCAGCACCUACAGACAUCGCUCAGACUGUGCAGGAAGAUUUGAGGACAUUUUCUUGGGCAUCUGUGACCAGUAAGAAUCUUCCUCCAAGUGGAGCCGUUCCAGUUACUGGGAUACCACCUCACGUUGUUAAAGUGCCAGCUUCACAGCCCCGUACAGAGUCUAAACCUGAAUCUCAGACUCCACCACAGAGGCCUCAGAGAGACCAAAGAGUUCGAGAACAACGAAUAAAUAUUCCUCCACAGAGAGGACCCAGGCCAAUCCGUGAGGCUGGUGAGCAAGGUGAUGUUGAACCGCGAAGAAUUGUGAGAUACCCUGACAGUCACCAACUCUUCAUUGGCAACUUGCCUCAUGAGGUGGACAAAUCAGAACUUAAGGAUUUCUUCCAAAGUUACGGGAAUGUGGUGGAGCUGCGCAUCAACAGCGGCGGGAAGUUACCCAAUUUCGGCUUUGUCGUGUUUGAUGAUUCUGAGCCUGUUCAGAAGGUCCUCAGCAACAGGCCUAUCAUGUUCAGAGGUGAAGUUCGUCUAAAUGUGGAAGAGAAGAAGACUCGAGCUGCCAGGGAAGGAGACCGCCGAGAUAACCGCCUGCGGGGACCUGGAGGCCCUCGAGGUGGGCUGAGUGGUGGAAUGAGAGGCCCUCCCCGCGGAGGCAUGGUGCAGAAACCAGGAUUUGGAGUGGGAAGGGGGAUUGCUCCAAGGCAGUGAAUUGCUUAUCACUGAUCUUCACGUAGCAUAUAAACCCCAGCUCCUGCAGAAUGGUGAAUUUCUUCAACCAGCCUUUGCUAUCUUGGAGUAUGAUGAUUCUAGUCAAUUAUAAACUGCUUAAGUUUGUACAAUUUUAUUUCUUUUUGUGUUACUGGUGUCUGCCCCUUCCCUCUCCUGGCCUUUUAGUCCUUCACUUCCAAUUUUGUGGAAUGAUAUUUUAGGAGUAAUGGAUUUUUAAAGAAGAAAAAAGACUGAAUUUCCUUGCUUACUUUGCAUAUACAGACUGGAUUUUUUUUUUAAAUAGCCAUUUCCCCAAAGGAAUAUGUCUUGUUUAUUACUGACAUUUGGUAUGUUCAUUCAUUGGAAUAUUUCUUAUUUUCUAUAUGUUUCAAAAUCCUGUGACAAAUACAGGCUUUGAUACACAUUUUGGAGGCAGGAAUAAUCCAAAUUGUUUCUUGAGUCAUGACUACCUUCUGAUGUGGAAAAAAAUGCCAUUUGGAACAUUUAACAAGUUUGAUUCUCACUGGUGUUAGUUAUCCGAAUAAAAGGUGUUAAUAGUACUUUUUUCUUUUGAUAUGUGAUCACAAAAUGAUUCUAAAACCUACUGUUUUUACCACUGAAAUUUAAAUUGUGAGAUAGGUUUUAAAUGUUUAGAAUGCAACUGAUAGACUUUCUUGAAAUGUUAGAUUUUUUUGAAGUAGUUUUUUUCAUGUUUCAUUUGUAUUUGUAAAAAGAAAAAGAAAAUAAGCAAAAAAAAAAAAAAACUCCAAAUCUGAAUAACAAAAACCAGAGCAAACUGUUGUGCCUUCUAUUUAUCUUUGACUCCAGUCUUGGCAAUUGUUUAAAGAAAAAUAAUAAAAAUUCUAGAUUUGUUUUAUCAGGUUCAGAGUAUGUGGGGAAUUGUAGAAUCUCUUUCAUCACCUUAUAUGUCUUCUGUUAACAUUUGUUAUGCCUUAUUCUAAAAUCGAGUCUCAAACUGGAAUGCCUUUGAGGACAGAUGCUACCAUAGGGGUCUUUUGACCUAAAUCGUUCAGCGUUUGUCCUAAGUUUUACUUUGGUAUCCAACAGAUUCCUAAUCAUAGCCCAUGGAAGGAAUGUGACUUCAACAUUGGACUUCGCUGAUGUGCUUGAAUAGCUGCAACUUUUUUCUCUUUAAAUCAUAGCCAUAUGGUAAAUUUUCUAUUUUGUUAAGGUUUUCUUUUAUUGACGGACAUGCAGAGGGUGUUUCUUGGAAUUGGCCAAUUUUUAUUAAAAUAUUUCUGGAAGAAAAUUUAAUCUGGCAAUAUAGACUAGUAAUACUCAUUUUAUAUAGUAUGUUAUUUGUUGAAUGCUGUGUGUGAGGUGGGUGAAGAUUUUGUUUACAUCUGUGUAAAACAAGCUUUGUGUAGUAACUUGGGCAACCAUGUUGUCAAAUUUAAGGUGUUUUAGCUGUUCAUUUUUAGGGAUUCUUUGGGGAUAGUAGGCAUAGAAAUGUUUUUGUUUUGCUGUUAAUGAGAAAAAGUGGGUUUGCUGUGAAAGGGUUAGUGAAGACUAAAAUGAAGUGUGUCGUGUUACCAAUUUGAUGGCCAUACCUCACAUAUUUGAAGAUCACUGAAUCUCAUGGUUGGUUUUGGUGUUUUUUUUUUUUUUGGG